UCGAGGAGAGGGUGCAAGGAAACUAGCAGUAUUGCUGCCUUCCCCCUUGCGAAACCACGAAGAUUUCUCUAGCCAAUUCUUCCCCCUACAGUGGACUCCGGUUUUCUCCUGUUCGAAGCCAUCCGAUGGCCCCCGGUUUUGCCUCCCCCGGCCCUCCUUUAUAACCCGCCUAUCCCCCACUCCUCGCCAAAGUUCCCAUUUUUUUCCACUGUCCCCUGUGGAUCCCGAUCCUUGUUUCUACCUUAUUCGCUCCAAGUUUGGCCUUUUGCCCGGUGUCCGUAAAGUUGGUACCUUGGGCGGUCUCGCGGCGAGCUCUAGGGGCCUGGAUGAAAGUGGAGGCGAGCAAUGGGGAGGAGGAGAAGAGAUCCGGGACGAAGAGGAAUGGGGAGAUGCUGGUGAGGGGCAGGAGAUGCCGCCAGAGGACCCGGUGGAGGGUCACCGCGAUCCAGCGCCUGUUCUUGGCCUGCAAGUCCGUGUUCAAGGGCCCCGGCACCAUCCCCGAGCCCGCCGACGUUGAGAUGCUGCAGCUCCUAUUAGAUAAAAUGAGGCCAGACGAUGUUGGGCUAAGCACGGAUUUACUCUUCUUUAAGUCCAAGAGUUCUUCCAAAGGAACUCCAAGGAUCACAUAUGCCACCAUAUACAAGUGUGAUAACUUUUCGAUGUGUAUAUUCUUCUUGCCCCCAAAAGCAGUUAUUCCUCUUCAUGACCACCCCGGAAUGACUGUUUUCAGCAAACUACUUGUAGGAUCAAUGCAUAUAAAAUCUUACGACUGGCUCGAUCCUGUCACAUCAAGUUUCUCUACACCCUCAGCUAAAUUGAGGCUGGCAAAGUUGGUGCUUGAUUCUGAGUUCACUGCUCCUUGCAGCACCUCCAUUCUUUAUCCAACAACUGGAGGGAACAUCCAUACCUUCACAGCUAUCACACCAUGUGCUGUGCUUGAUGUUCUAGGACCCCCUUACUCGAAGGAAGAUGACCAUGACAUUACUUACUAUCAGGAUCAUCCCUACAGGAAAUAUUCAGAUGGUGAUACUGACCAAGGUGGAGUGGAGGAUCAUUGCCAUGGGUGGUUGGAAGAAAUUGAUGUAUCCAGGUAUUUGAAGAUGGAUGGUGUGGCGUACCUGGGCCCACAGGUUAUAGAUGGUUGACAACAGUUCUGACCAGUUUUAGGUCAAUACUCCCCAUUUGGAGCAGUGAUGUCAUUUACUUCUUUUCUUCUUCUUAAGUUUCUUUUACCCGUUUUGUGAGUCUGAUGUCAAGAUGUGCAAAGGUGGAAUUGUUUUUAAGGUGAUAACACCAUGGUUUUGUACUGCCUGGAUUAUCAAUAUCUGUUCAACUCCUAGUCAUGGACUUCA